AUGAUUUAUUUGAAUGAAUGCUCCAGUCCAACAACUAACAACUGCCCUCAAUUGUGCAACAAUUUUGUUGGAGGUUAUAGUUGUGCUUGUUUUCAUGGCUAUUUCUACAACUCGACAACCAACAUUUGUUCUGAUAUAAAUGAGUGCCAACAGGACAAUACCAGAUGUGAACAGUUGUGUAUCAACACAGAAGGAAGCUACAGGUGUUCUUGUACAUCAGGGCUGUUGCUUCAACCUGAUGGUCUUACUUGUAGAGCAACAAUACCAUGCACCACCAAAACCACAUGUAGCUACCAGUGUGCUACCAUCAAUGAUACAGAAACUUGCCUGUGCUCAAAAGGAACAACUUUAGCAGCUGAUGGUCUUAAUUGUGAUGACAUAGAUCUGUGUGCUAAAGCCACCUGUAAACAUGGCUGUGUAGAAACUCAACAAAACACAAGCUUAGAGUGUGUGUGUCCUGUAGGACAAACACUGAGUAAUGAUGGCAUCACAUGUGAUGACUGUAUUGAAGGCAGCUGGGGCACUGGAUGCAACAACACAUGCAGCUGUAAGAUGCUGAACACAGACCACUGUGACCAGGUCACUGGUUCAUGUCAGUGUAAGAUUGGAUGGGGUGGAGCCACAUGUGAAGAUGUUGUCAUAGACUGUAGAGUGAACAAAUGUUCAUUGAAUUAUAAGUGUAUGAGUACAGGCAGUGGAUAUAUCUGUGUUUGUGAUGAUGGUUUUUCUACAACUGGUAAUACAUGCACAGCUUGUGAGGAAGGCUACUGGGGCACUGAAUGUAGCAAUACCUGCAGCUGUUCUGUGUUGGGGACAUCAACAUGUGAUAGAGUCUCUGGUACAUGCCAGUGUAAAAGUGGAUGGAGUGGAACUAAUUGUGACAAAGAUGUUGAUGAAUGCCUCCAGAAUACAACAAACUGUUCAUCCCAUUCUCAUUGUAACAAUACUGAUGGGUCUUUUGUUUGUCUGUGUGAUGAUGGCUAUUUUAAUUCAAGCAACACAUGUGAAGCUUGUGUAGAAGGUACCUGGGGCACUGAGUGUAGCAACAACUGCAGCUGUUCUGUGUUGGGGACAUCAACAUGUGAUAAAGUCUCUGGUACAUGCCACUGUAAAAGUGGAUGGAGUGGAACUAAUUGUGACAAAGAUGUUGAUGAAUGUCUCCAGAACACAAACAACUGUCCAUCCCAUUCUCAUUGCAACAAUACUGAUGGGUCUUUUGUUUGUCUGUGUGAUGAUGGCUAUUUUAAUUCUAGCAACAAAUGUGAAGCAUGUGUAGAGGGCAGCUGGGGUACUGAGUGUAAUAAGACCUGCAGCUGUUCUGUGUUGGGGACAUCAACAUAUGAUAAAGUCUCUGGUACAUGCCAGUGUAAAAGUGGAUGGAGUGGAACUAAUUGUGACAAAGAUGUUGAUGAAUGCCUCCAGAACACAAAAAUAUGUCCAUCCCAUUCUCAUUGCAACAAUACUGAAGGAAGCUUUGACUGUGUUUGUGAUGAAUUUUAUUUUUUCUCAAACAAUAAAUGUGAAGCUUGUGAAGAGAAUUACUAUGGUCCCAACUGCACACUGCGCUGUGUAUGUAAUACAAGCAACCAUGAGUUUUGUACUAAACAGGGUAAAGAGUAUGUGUGCUCAUGUGACAAAGGCUUUGAAAAGAAAUGCAACUCUUGUGCCUGUGAAGAUAUUGAUGAGUGUGCUCUGUCAACACCAAUCUGUGAACAGAAAUGCACCAACACUAUUGGUGGUGUCAAUUGUUCAUGUAAAGAUGGCUUUGCUAUUAGCCCUACAAAUUCCACAAAGUGUCAUGAAACAACCAAACACAACGUGACAAUUACAUUCAACUUGGAUGUUUCCAAACUAAAUCUGGAGGACAAAAACAGUGAUGAUUACAACAAAACAAAAGAUGAAGUGGAAUCCCAAAUGUACAAGCAAUUGAAAGCUACAGGAGUGGCUGUGACUGAAAUUUAUGUUCAAAAUCUCAAAAAAGGUAGUCUUAUAGCAGAUAUUCUUGUGCUGAUUGAUAGCAUUAUAGAGAGCAGUCCAGACAAAUCACUGACUUCUGCUUUACAAGUGAUCAUGACUCAAGGAAUUACUAUAAAUAAUGUCCUCUCAACUGUUCUUAAUCUGUAUGUUGGAGGCCAAACAGUCUAUGCUUCAACUUGUGAAGUGAGACAAAAGACCAACCCGUGUAGAAAUAAUGAGGCAUGUAUUGUGGAAAAUGGUGCAACAGUCUGCAGGGUCAUUGUUGAUGAUGACAUGGAUCUUAAACUUGGGCUUGGUAUAGGAUUGCCUCUUGCUGUAUUAGCCUGUGUUGUCACUGGUGUGGUAGUCUAUUUUUGCAAGAAAACUUCAGGAAAACACAAAAUUUUCCCAUAAAUAAGACUUUCUGCUGACAUUUUAAAAAAGAAAAAUUAAUAUGCCUUGCAAGAC